UUGCCGAGGAAGUUUUAUGUUUUUAUGGACGUAUGACUGACAAAUCAUGGUGGCUGCACUGCGAAGCAGGGUAUUCUCCCCAAGAAUUAUAUAUUUGGAGAUUACUGUAGGUUCAGAAAAGCCGUGCAACAUCGGCUAAUCUGCUCAGAAGCUCGCCCACUGACCAAUCGCAUCCGAUCCUACAAAGGCCACACCCACUGAGUCUUUCGUUGUUUGUGAAAAAUGGCCUCACCGUUUAUUGAGGACCCAGUGGAAAUCGGUGCACGCAUAGUACGAGGCUCGCUGAGAAAAGCGAGGAAUUUCCGGGACCGACAAAAUCCUUUGGCAUUUCCGGAUGAAUUCCUUUAUGACCGAUACAGAUUCACUUCGGAAGGAUUGGCAUAUCUGUGCCAGCUUUUGGGGCCCAACGUGGCCAAUGACACACGGCGAAGCGGUGCGCUGACAGUGCCACAAAUGGUCUGCAUUGCGUUGCGUUUCUUCGCCACGGGGACCUUCAUGUAUGCUGUGGGGGAUGCUGAAAACAUCAGUAAAAACACUGUGUGCAGAAGCAUCCAUCGAGUAGCACAGGCACUUAUUGAGCUGCUGAACGUGUUUGUCGUGUUCCCUGGCCAUAUGCCCGCAUCAGCCAUCACAGAAGGAUUUCUUGCCAUUGCCGGAUUCCCCAGGGUGCUUGGAGCAAUUGAUUGCAUGCAUGUACCCCUCCAGUCCAGUUUGGGGGAAAAUGAGGCUGAUUUUCUAAACAGCCAGUCCUUCCACAGUCUCAAUGUGCAGAUGACUUGUGAUCAUAACUGUAUGGUCACCAGCAUCGAUGCCAAAUGGCCGGGAUCGGUUCCUGACUCCCGGAUCUUCAGUCAAUCCACCCUGUGCCAAGGGUUUCAACAAGGCAUGUUUAGAGGACUGCUGCUGGGGGAUCAGGCCUAUCCAUGCCAGCCUUUUUUAAUGACACCUUAUUCUGACCCUGAUGUCGGACCACAAGACAGAUUUAAUAUGGCCCUAGCCAAAACCAGGGCCAGGAUAGAAAUGACCUUUGGCUUGCUUAAGGCCAGAUUUUCAUGCUUGCAUGGUUUGAGGGUGACCCCAGAGAGGGCAAGCAAAAUUAUUGGUGCCUGUGCUGUGCUGCACAACAUCGCAACCAUUAGAAAAGAAAGAGCACCUUCCGUCACCCUACAGCCACCCGAGGUUGUGGAUCCAAAUCCAUCGGAUGACCCCACUGGUUGUGCUGCUAGGGAAGCAAUAACAGCACAAUUUUUUUCUUAAAAGCAGGCCUUUUAUUGGAUAUUUCCUUUAUUUUCUUUUUUUGGAAAAACAGUCAAAUAUCAUUCAACUAAUAGCUGCUUGAAAAUAAAUAUUCCAUGACCUUAUUGUCAUGUCGGAAUUUUUCCCUUUAGGUUUUGCCUUAUUUAGCAAUACAGUGAGCCCUAAAUUUCAAUUUCCGCACCUUUCAAACACAAUGUCUGCUAACAGUGCAUUAUCUAGUUAUGAUUAUUGUUAUUAUUACAGUUAUGUUGUUACUGGGACUGUUGUGAGAUAAUUCAAACCUGCAACAAAAGCAUGUUGUUGAAGUGAUCAAGUCUGGUGUUUGUUUCAUUGAUCAUUAAAAGUAACAUGACUGACAUCUAGUGACCAGUGUAAAAUUAAAACUACAUUCACAGUUUGAAUGCAUCUUUCUAAUGCUUUGUAAUUUUAUUUUAGUUCAUGUCGCCAUUUUUAUGCUUGUAAAUGCAUCAUUUAGGUCUUUCUUUUGGUGGAAUCAUGAACACUGACAUUAACAGACGCAAGUGAGGCCUGCAGUUCUUUGGAUGUGGUUGUGGGGUCUUUUGUGACCUCUUGGAUGAGUCGUCGCUGUGCUCUUGGGGUCAUUUUGUUUGUCUGGCCACUCCUGGGAAGGCUCAUCACUGUUCCUUGUUUUUGACAUUUGUGGAUAAUGGCUCUCACUGUGGUUUGCUGGAAUCCCAAAGCUUUAGAAAUGGCUGUAUGACCUUUUCCACACUGAUAGAUCAUAAUUAAUACCAGUUAUGUUUUGACGGGAGAUAAAUCACUUUUUCCACACAGGGCUAUGUAGGUUUGGAUUUUUAUUCUCCAUUACUAACAAAAACUGCAAGGUCAUACAUGUUUGCAUUUAAUGUAAAUAUAUUCUUGUAGACUAAUCAAUUAAUUUAAGAUUGUAAAUAAAUAUGUUGUCAUAUACGGAUAUACAAUACAUACAGUAAAUCUGUGUGAGGCAAUAAAGAAGCUGAGGCAACUUUUAUGUAUAAAACAUUUUAAUUAUAUUACAAUGAGAGAGUACACAAUACCUUCAAGUGUUUGCUAAAACGUAGCCAGCACCAGGUAUUCGUACACACAAACAUGCGCGCGCGCACACACACACACACAUACACGCUCAUAGUCUCACAAACAACAACAAAAAAUGAACUUUAUAUAACAUCUUCUGAACGCAUAAUACACAUCUGCUAAAAGGAACAUAUUCACAGGUCUCUGGCACAGAACCCUCCCCUACUAACCAACUACUCCUCUGUUCCAUACACACCCGUACAUAUCACAGGUGUCUUUUCAUAUAUAUUUAUUAUAUAGUUAAAUCUCUACAAACAUUGACCUAAAGCCUACCUAAGUACUUAAAGCUAUCUGGAAUUACGAACAUGAACUCACAGUUCUAGUCAUUGGGCAUGGAAAGGUUUGAAAGUGACUAUGUAUUUGGCAGGAAUAAUGAUUUGACAAGCACCAAUGCACAGUAGGUGUUUCUGUCUUUCUCCGCAGCCUCCUCCAUCAUCAGCAUUACAUUGUGCUUUUGUGUUAAAUCUCUGUGCAACAGCUACACCACAGCCAUGAUCAUGCCUCGCCUCCCACCCCUCCCCCGUCCCCAUCCCUCCAGAGGCUCUUAAAUCACCCCGCUUGGAGCUUCGACAUCCAACAAGAACGCAUCUCUGAGGGCUUUACAGCAACAGUCGCUGAUUAAUAGAUACAAUCUCUACUCUUUUUUUUUUAAGAAAAUACAUUUUCCAAAAGGCACAUUGUUAUUAAGAUUUUCCAUAGCGGCUAGCAAAUGCAUACAGUACAAACUAAAUGGUACCAUUGGAAGUCAGCCACUCACAUUCUAACAAGGAUUAUUAGAGCCACAAUGAAAAGACAACAAAAACACUGCAAGAGUAAUGUCACAGAAUUUAGACAAUAAAGUUGGAAUUUUAUGAGAAUUAAGGAAAAGUUGACAAUAUUUGGAAAAUAAAGUUGUAAUAUUACAACAAUAAACAUGUAAUAUUAUGAGGAAA